AUGGACGUAGAUAAUUACGGAGACCAACAGGCGUACGGCGCCUCUCGAGCGAGACGUGGAGGCCAACGAAGAGACGACCCGUAUUCAGGAGGAGGAGGAGGAGGAGGGUACGACGACUAUUCCAGAGGUGGUGGUGGUGGAGGAGGAGGGUACGAUCAUCGCAGAGGAGGCCGAGGCGGGAGAGGCGGCGGAGGCAGAGGAGGUAGAGGUAGCAAGCCGUACGAUCGACAGAGAGAAGGAGGAAGAGGAGAUGACGAGUAUCAUCACCAAAUGGAAGACCCGUCCGGGGCGUUGACCUUCCGCCAAUUCGCGUUUAAACACUUACCGAACGACGCGACGCCGCAAGAAGCCGAGGAGAAGUACGAGCAAUAUAAAAUCGAAAACGCGCACUUGUUUCACGAGCAGUAUUUUAUGCGACAAAAGAACGACCCGUGGAUGCAAAGAACGUUCGAUCCGAGACUGUUAGAAUCGAACCAAGGAAAACGCUUGGAGUUGGCGAAGGAACAGUCGGAAAAGUUUGCAAAAGGGUUCGCGGAGAUUGGGUCGGUGGAAGGGUUGCCAGAUUACAGCGAGGCGACGACGGAAGCGGCGGCGGACGGAGGCGAAGAGAACAUGGAAACAGAAGAUCCGGAGAAAAAGGCGAAAAGAGCGAGAAGAAUCGGUGGGUUCGUCCCGAGAGAGGCGUGGCACAUGGACCGGUUAAAGCACGAUUUAACCGUCGCGAGAAGUUUAAUCGAAAAGUUAAACAGCGAGAAGGAGAUUCCGAAUUCUCCCGAGCUCGCCAACGCGUUGCAAAACAACGUCUCCAUAAAUGCCAAGAGUUCCGCGGAGGAUAUCGCGAAAGCGAUCGACACGUGCGUUGUGUAUCUUUGGAACGUGCACGGGAUAGACUAUUACGGCGGGAGAGAAACGAAUCCUCACGAUUACAUUGAAAUCGCGGAAGGGAGGAACGUGAGAGCGAAAUGUUCGUUUCGCAAACCGUUGUCGACGUUUGCGUUGGGCGGAGGCGAACACGCCGUUCCGGCGGACGCACCGAUCGAGCCGAUCGAAGCGAACGAAAUCGCAACAAAAUGGUCAAAGCGCGUAGAUUCCACCUGGUCGGAACGUUUGACUUGCUUGAGCGAUCCGGUUGUUUUACGAUUAGUGGACGAAGCGGAUUUGGAAAAUAGAAUCGAAGAGUGGAUUAAAGCGCAAGUGGUCGUCUUCGACGAAAGUCGAUUCGGGUCCACGUUAUCCUCCAAACUCUUCAUCGCGGAGGAGUUUGUCUUGAAACAUAUUAAAACGAAACAAACCGAAGCUAUUGAGAAAGAACGCAAUCGUUUGAUUGACGAAAAGUAUAAAGAGAACGUGUUCGAGUAUUUGCGAGCGGAAGAGGCGAAAGGAAACAAACCGACGUUGCGAGGGAUCAAAAGAGGCGGUAGCGGUGGCGGCCGAGGCGGUGGAAGAGGUGGCCGAGGUGGUAGACGCGGACGUGGUGGAGGGAGAGGGCCGUACACAGACUUAGAUGCGACGACGAACGAACGCGUGGUUAUCGACUACGGUGAAAUAUAA